UUAAUAGAGAUUGGAAUAAAGUAAAUUAUUACUUUUUUUUGUAGCCUACUUUUACGUUGAUUGUCAUGAUCUGAGAUGGACAUGCCCAUCUGAUGCCCCUGCUUGAACUUAACUCUGUGUGCCUGGCUUCUGAUCUCCGCUCAUAUCCAGCUAAAUGCCAAGGCGGAGAUAAUUUACGCAUUGUGACCGUCGCCGGUCCAGCUACACCUGGAGGAAUUACAACUGGAUACCCGUACGCAUAGAGCUGGGUCCGAGAUGGGUGACAAGCUUUGGAACUAGUCCGGGUGGAGUACUAACCAAUUACUUGAGUACUAAGCGACACCCAACAUGCAGGUGUUUACGAGGAUGACACGAGGUUCACUGACGAUGGAGUUACAGUAAAAGUCGCUCUGGAAGAUUCAUCUGGACUUAGUGAAAACGAGAGAGCGAAGCGGUCCCGAACUCCCGAGUAUAGCGUGUCUGAGGACUGAUGGCCCCGACUUGGAAGGAGAGACCUCGGAUGAGCGAAGGAGUCCUGGUCCGUUACUGGACGGAAAGACUGGGCCGAUUCAAGUGGAACACGAGGAGAGGAGAGGGACUUCCAGAGGAGAAGCCUCAGGCAUCAGAUGAGAUUAUCCCAAACUAACCAGCACUACUUUCGCCUUGACGGGGGACACAAUCAUGCAGUGGUUUGCUGUUUGGGACAAAACCGCAGUUUGUUCCUGAAUCUGACCAAACUCAAGGACUUUCACCUGGGGAGUGUUACAGAGAGCACCUUGUGGAGAUCAACAGACUGUGACUCCACCUAUGAGAGGAUGAAUGACAAAGUGGGAUCUAAGACUGUGCUGAGUUACCUGUAUGUCUGUCCAUCCAACAAGAGAAAGAUAGUGGUGCUGACAGACCCUGAGUUUGAGAGCAGUGUGCUCGUCAGCUCGGAUGAAGGAGCGAGCUAUCAGAAAUAUCUUCCUCAGCUUCUACAUCCUAAUCCUUCUGCUCCAUCCAACACAGGAGGACUGGGCUCUAGGCUACAGCCACGACCAGAAGGUAUACAGUAUGUAACAUGCCAGGCUCCAACGUGCUCAGAGUACAACAGAAACUAUCCCUUCCCUGAAUACAUCGACAUCAGCUCACUGGUUGUCCAGGAUGACUAUAUGUUUAUUCAGGACAAUGUCUCGGAUAAAAGCAAGCGACCGAAAACAACGGCGCCGCAGAUGGAGCGGUCGUCUGGUCAGGCUCCGUAG